AUGAACAAGAGGCCACGAACAAGCAUCGGCAAGGCUGUCGUCAAUGUUUGGCAGCGCGAGGUCGGCGAGCUCUCGGCCAGAAAUUUUACCCACCGUGUUGGUGGCUCUGAGGAUCUUGUGCUUCGACUUGAACUCUACAGGAAGCUCGAGAAGCAUCGAGGAUGUGUGAACACUAUAAGCUUCAAUGCGGCUGGUGAUAUUCUGGUUUCAGGCUCUGAUGACAGGCGGGUCAUCCUAUGGAACUGGGAAACUGGGAAAGUUCAGCUUUCAUUCCAUUCAGGUCAUAAUAACAAUAUUUUCCAAGCAAAGAUCAUGCCUUAUACCGAUGAUAGAAGCAUUAUCACCUGUGCUGCUGAUGGGCAGGUGAGACAUGCUCAAAUUUCAGAUAAAGGACAAGUGAAAACUUCAUUGUUGGGCAAACAUCUGGGGCGCUCUCAUAAGUUGGCAAUUGAGCCUGGGAGCCCUCACAUUUUUUACACCUGUGGUGAAGAUGGAUUGGUGCAACAUUUUGAUCUGAGGACUGGGGCUGCCACAGAACUUGUCACAUGCCAACCUCUUGAUGGUAAAAGGAGUCACAUGCCAGCCAUCCAUCUAAAUGCAAUUGCAAUUGACCCAAGAAACCCAAAUUUCUUUGCAGUGGCAGGUUCUGACGAAUAUACUCGACUUUUUGAUAUCCGCAAGUAUAAAUGGGACGGAUCAUCUGAUUUUGGCCAACCUGCAAACUUCUUUUGCCCACCACACUUGAUUGGUGAUGGGCGAGUUGGAAUUACUGGAUUGGCCUUCUCAGAACAGAGUGAACUUCUUGUCUCAUACAAUGAUGAGAACAUCUAUCUUUUUGAACGAGAUAUGGGAUUGGGACCUAAUCCAGUUCCAACGUCUCCAGUUUCUAUGGGCAGUGAUGCAAGUGAAAUGAGUACUGAUCAUCAGAGUGAAGCAUCUCCAUCAACCAUGGCUAUUGAUGAAAGUUCUGCUCCUCAAGUUUACAAGGGUCAUAGGAACUGUGAGACUGUGAAAGGCGUGAACUUCUUUGGUCCUAAAUGUGAGUAUGUUGUGAGCGGGUCUGACUGUGCGCGGAUAUUCAUAUGGAAGAAAAAGGGUGGGGAGCUGAUUCGUGUUAUGGAAGCAGAUAAGCAUGUGGUAAAUUGCAUCGAGUCUCAUCCUCACACCACAGUUCUUGCAAGCAGCGGAAUCGAUAGUGACAUCAAGAUAUGGACUCCAAAGGCCAAUGAGAGAGCUACUCUGCCUCAGAACAUCGAGAAGAAGAAACCCAGGGCUAGGGGAUGGAUGUACCGCCUAUCCUCACCCGAGGACUUGAUGUUGCAACUGUUUUCAUUGCAAAGGCAGAGGGUAAGCCCAGAGCGCGACGGCGAGAACUCAAAUGAUGGUCAGGAACUUCUAGAGCUAAUAAUGGCAUUCCAGCGCAACUCUGAUGAUUCUUCAGAGGACGGAGGAGACACCUCCAGUCAGGAUGAUUUGUUUUGUUGA